GUGCGCUUCAUUCCAGUGCACAAGCCGAGCGAAGCAGACGGUCCCUCGCGCAGCAGCCACAGCUUCUCAACAUUUCGCUCAGGGAAUAAAUAUCUGCUCCGACAGACUCGGCUGUGUCUUCCUCCAGGAAUUAUUCACCUCGGACCGUGGACGCAUGUGAGAGCGCACAGCUUCGCCGGAGCUGGGACGGUACACCAUGGUUCUGACACAAGUGCGGCUGCUCCUCUGACCGCAGAAAGAAGAAGAAAAAAAAAAACUCUUUGGAUCUCAUCGAGAAGGCUGUAAUUUAUUUUUUUCCCCCCCCUCGUUGACUCCCAUCGAAAAAUAUUGCAGGGAAUAUUCUCCUGGAUGGUGAGCACCGCGCACUGGACUACCUGUUUUCAGCCGAUUCGCUCCAUGCGAGGGGAAGGGACUGGAGGACUUGCGCCCGCCGCCUUCCCUCUGGUUUAACAACGCACGUUUGGAGAUCACUGAAAGGGGCGGAAAGCCUGUUGUAUCCACGCAUUUCCCACCGCGGCGGUCAUCUCUCCUCUCUGAACUCUCCCCUCAACGUGUGUGUUGGUGAAUGGGGGUAACUCUGGUGCUGGAGGCUUGACGCAGCUGGGACAGGGACUGGACUGGGUUGCGCGGAGCGUCGGAUCACCCAGGAUUGUAUCCCCCCCUCCUGCCCUCACUCACUCUCUCUGCCGAGGGUCUAUUUACAUGUCCGACCUGACUGCUUUAUGACAAUGGAUUACUUUCUGCUUUUAUGCAGCCUCUUGCUGCCCAUGGUGUCCGCCGUAGAAGAGACGCUGAUGGACACGAAGUGGGCCACGACAGAAUUAGCCUGGACUGCACACCCUGAGACUGGGUGGGAAGAAGUAAGUGGCUAUGAUGAUGCCAUGAACCCCAUCAGGACGUAUCAAGUCUGCAAUGUACGUGAGGCCAACCAGAAUAACUGGCUACGCAGUGACUUCAUCCCCCGAAAGGAUGUGCUGCGUGUAUAUGUAGAGAUGAAAUUCACUGUGCGUGAUUGCAACAGCAUUCCCAACAUCCCCGGCUCCUGCAAAGAGACCUUCAACCUCUUCUACUAUGAGUCUGACUCAGACUCAGCUACAGCCACCAGCCCUUUCUGGAUGGAGAACCCUUAUGUGAAGGUGGACACUAUUGCCCCAGACGAGAGCUUCUCCAUGCUCGAGUCAGGACGGGUAAACACAAAAGUCCGAAGUUUCGGGCCUCUGUCCAAAGCCGGGUUCUACUUGGCCUUCCAGGACCUCGGCGCUUGCAUGUCACUCAUCUCAGUGAGGGUGUUUUAUAAGAAGUGCUCCACCACAAUUGCCAACUUUGCCGUGUUCCCAGAGACAGCGACUGGGGCUGAGGCAACGUCCUUGGUCAUUGCACCAGGAACUUGUGUCCCCAAUGCCCUCGAGGUGUCCGUGCCACUGAAGCUUUAUUGCAACGGUGAUGGGGAGUGGAUGGUUCCUGUCGGAGCCUGCACCUGCUCAUCCGGUUUUGAACCGCAAAUAAAGGAAACCCAAUGUCAAGCUUGCAGCCCUGGCACCUUCAAGUCCAAACAGGGAGACGGUUUCUGCUUGCCGUGUCCUGACCACAGCGUCGCCGGCUCGGGAGCAGCCAGCAUUUGCUCCUGUCGAAACGGUUACUACCGAUCGGACACCGACUCUCCUGACUCCCCCUGCACCACUGUUCCCUCGGCGCCACGCAGCGUCAUCUCCAUUGUGAACGAAACCUCGCUCGUGCUGGAGUGGAGUGAGCCCCGUGACAUGGGCGACCGCGACGACAUCUUCUACAAUGUCAUCUGCAAGAAAUGUCUGCCUGAGCGGGGGAUGUGCUCGCGGUGCGACGACAACGUGGAUAUCUCGCCGCGCCACCUGGGCCUGACCCAGCGCCGCGUGGCUGUCCGCAACCUGCAAGCGCACACGCAGUACAGCUUCGAGAUCCAGGCGGUCAACGGAGUCUCCAACAAGAGCCCUUACACACCUCAUUUCUCCGCAGUGAAUAUCACCACAAAUCAGGCCGCGCCGUCCGCAGUGCCCACAGUCCACCUGAUGGCGGCCACAGCGAGCACCAUGAGCCUGUCCUGGCUGCCUCCAGACAAGCCCAAUGGAAUCAUUCUGGAUUAUGAGAUUAAGUACCAUGAGAAGGAUCAGGGUGAGGCCAUCGCCCAUACUAUGACUGCCCAGCGGAGCAACGCGCGCAUCGAAGGUCUCAAGGCUGGUACGCCUUAUGUGGUGCAGGUCCGUGCCCGAACGGUAGCUGGUUACGGUCGCUACAGCAGCCCAGCCGACUUCAGCACCAACCUGCAAACCGACCCUCCAAAGUCAUGGCAAGAGCAGGUGCCACUCAUCGUGGGAUCAGCCACCACAACCUUUGUCUUCAUCAUUGCAGUUGUGGUCAUCGCAAUCGUCUGCCUCAGAAAGCAGAGGAACGGCUCAGAGUCGGAGUACACAGAGAAACUGCAGCAAUACAAAUCCCCUAUAGUAACGCCGGGAAUGAAGGUCUACAUUGAUCCCUUCACCUACGAGGACCCCAAUGAAGCAGUGCGCGAGUUUGCCAAGGAGAUCGACGUGUCCUGCGUGAAGAUCGAGGAGGUCAUCGGCGCAGGUAACCCACCAAAGCUCCUGAGCUACAGGGGGAAGACUGCUAGUCACCUCCAGGCCAUACCGUUAGAGGACUUCACACCAAGCGGAGAGUUUGGCGAGGUGUGCCGUGGUCGCCUCAAGCUGCCUGGGCGCCGGGAGAUCAUCGUAGCCAUCAAGACCCUGAAGGUGGGCUACACUGACCGCCAGAGGCGAGACUUCCUGUCCGAAGCUUCCAUCAUGGGCCAGUUCGACCACCCCAACAUCAUCCGUCUGGAAGGCGUAGUCACCAAGAGCAGGCCAGUGAUGAUCGUGACCGAGUUCAUGGAGAAUGGGGCACUGGACUCAUUCCUGAGGCUCAAUGACGGGCAGUUCACGGUGAUCCAGCUGGUUGGGAUGCUGCGCGGCAUCGCAGCGGGCAUGAAGUACCUGUCGGACAUGAACUACGUGCACAGAGACUUGGCCGCCCGCAACAUCUUGGUCAACAGUAAUCUGGUGUGUAAGGUGUCUGACUUCGGCCUGUCUCGUUUCCUGGAGGACGACCCCACAGACCCCACCUACACCAGCUCACUGGGCGGCAAGAUCCCCAUUCGCUGGACGGCUCCCGAGGCCAUCGCGUACAGGAAGUUCACCUCGGCCAGUGACGUCUGGAGCUACGGCAUCGUCAUGUGGGAAGUGAUGUCGUACGGCGAGCGGCCGUACUGGGACAUGAGCAAUCAAGAUGUGAUAAAUGCCGUUGAGCAGGACUAUCGGCUGCCCCCACCCAUGGACUGCCCCACAGCGCUGCACCAGCUCAUGUUGGACUGCUGGGUGAAGGAGAGGAACCUGCGACCCAAAUUCACCCAGAUUGUGGCCACGCUGGAUAAGCUUAUCCGCAAUGCUGCCAGCCUCAAGGUGGUCACGAACAGCACACAGUCCACAGGGGUGUCCCAGCCCUUGCUUGACCGCUGUGUCCCAGACUAUACCACUUUCACCACUGUGGGGGACUGGCUGGACGCCAUCAAGAUGAACCGCUACCGUGACAACUUCGUCAAUGCCGGAUUCGCUUCCUUUGACCUGGUGGCCCAGAUGACGGCAGAGGACCUGCUGCGGAUAGGAGUGACGCUGGCCGGCCAUCAAAAGAAGAUUCUCGGGAGCAUUCAGGACAUGAGACUACAGAUGAACCAAACACUUCCUGUCCAGGUGUGAGCGACGGGACACACGGACCGAUGCAGUCGGAAGGACAGCCAGACAGGACAAAAAAGGGGGAAGGAACUGUGGCAGAGAGAGCCAUUGGAAAACCCUAGCUGCCUGACCCACCUCUGCCAAUUAGACGCAAUGAAACUGGCUUGCGGUGCCUCUGAAUCUUUUUUUUUUUUAGUUUUUUCUUAAUUUCAUCACCACUUCCAUUCCCUCUUCCUGCUUUUUUGUUAUUCGUCAUUGUUCCUUUUUUUUUUUCAUCCAAUCAUAGUUUGUGUGUUUUUGAAGGAGGAGUUAAGCCCCUUAUAUCCCAUGCGUGCCUCACCGGCUCUGGUGUGGGGUGACGUUUGCAUGCAUGUGUGUUUUAGUGAAGUUGGCCUUAGCCCCCGUAACUGAAACUUCACACUCUAAACCUCCUGCAAGAGCCCCCCACGCCCUCUGACCCCCUCAACCCAGCUCUGAUGGACGUAUUAUAUAUUAAAGAAUGAACACCCUGCUUUAAAAAAAAAGAAAAAGUGAGCCAACGUUCACACAUGAGAAACAAACACAGGACGUGUUUUGGACCCACAGGAGAUAGCGGACAAUUCUUUCCCUGGUAGAAGUCGUUUUUACUGUGCACGUGUGUGUCGUUCUCCAUCUUCAUAUUGAAGGUGUGUUAUCUCAAAAGGGGCACUCGCUGAAGAAGGGUGAGGCGGCGGAGGAGGAGAAAUGACGGGCUGAGGUCAAAGCUCAAGAGGACGACAGAGGUCGAGAGGGUGCAGCCACAUUUUUGGGACACUCGUGCUGGCUCUUCAGUUUGACCUGAAGUGACUCAGGAUAGCUCCGCAGCAGCUUGGGAUCACUCGCUCAUCCAGAGUGUUUUUACACAUAAUAAUGUUUUUAACUUUCGUCUGUCCACACUUCAUUGUUCUUCUCGCCUUCUCCCUUUUUUCUUUUUUUUUUGACUCUCUGACACAUUUUUUGGGAGAUUUGUGGUUUUAAAAUGGCCGGCCAAUCCUAAGCCCCCCCCCCCACCACUGGACUAUGUGAUAAAGGGGGACAUUGACUGUGGCGCUAUAGAAAGACCACUUGGCCUUCUGUGUGCAUUUUUGUACGUGUGCGUGUGCGUGUGCGUGUGCAUGUGUGCGUGGAUGCGUGAUCAAGUGUGCAUGGAUGUGCGGAUGUGUCGAGUUGCACACAAAUAUACUGUACAGUAUGGCUUCCGCUAUUCGCCACCGUGGAGAAUUAAAGCAUGAACUGAACCAUGACAAGGAGCAAAUAUAUCUGAAACAAUUACGCUAUAGUCUGUGGACAACUGUUAAACAUUCUUUUUUAUUGAAUCCAAAACAAUGAACUUUGGACAUACACACACACACACACACAUAUAUAUAAAAAAUUAUAUAUAUGUGCAUCAUGCCGAACCAGAGGAACCAUGACAGACACCUUACUUUCUACUUACUAUUAUCUGGAUUUAGAGAUAAUCAAACUUCUUGUUUUCAUUUCUUGACAUCCUGCCCUAUGUAUUUAUUUGUACCUCGCCCGCCAACCACAACCCCCAGCACCCUCCCUCCAAUCAGAUGGUCCCUUGGCCAUCUGGGACUGUGGACUGAACAAUCAGAAGGAAGAGAAAACUCCAAGAGGAUUCACCUGAUGAAUAGAUGAUUAUUAAACAAAAAAAGAUAUUGCAUAUAAAUUGGAUAUUGUAUUUUUGUUGUUGUUCUAAACAGCCUGUACAUGUUUUGUAACAAAAAUACGAUAAAUAACAAAAAGAAAAAAAUGGUGUUUUGACAAAAUGGAAGUCGUUGUUGUGAAAUGAUUCAGGAGUUGGAAAAAAAAUACUGAAAGAAGAUAAGUAGGUGAAAGUCUGGACUUUGACGAUCCCAUGGUAAUAACAUGUCGUCCUGCUCUCUGUCCGUCACAGUGUGAGUGUGUAUGCACAUGCAGAGUUUGUGUGUUUGUGUGUGUGUGCCAGCCCAACUGGAUAUUGAGCUUCCCCUGUUCAUUCUCAUUCUCGACAUAAAGAGCAUUUGUGAAUCCCAGAGCUACCAAUUGUCUUCCAGGCACAUUUAAUUCAAACCUCCUAUAGACGUAGAUGUGGUUUACCUGUGCUUUAAUUUGACUUAUUUACCAUAACCUCAGAGGGAUUCUCACUAUCCAUUGUAUGUAGGACUGUUAUUAAGGAGUCGUUCGGGUGGGUGGGGGAGGCACAGAGAUGUUGCAGCCUACCUGUCAAUCAUUUCAAUGGUCCCAGACACGGAGCUCCAUCACAGGACCUGCAGUUUCGCCUCGCUGCAACACAAUCCUCAUCAGAGAAUCCAGAGCUGUCAGAAGAGAGACCUAUUGGUCUUUGUCUGUCAGGUCGAUUAAUGCGGCAGCCAAUCUGGCACUGCGAGCGCCGCGAGCGCACAAACAUACGGCGGGGCUGACCUAUCAUUAUCUCUCUUCAUUUCCUGUCUGGCCUGCAAUCAUCCUGUCUCAAGCUGCUGCAUGAUUAGUACAGUGCAGGAUCAACAGCCUUGGCAAGCAGACAGCCGAAAAUCUGCAGGCCCUCAUCCUAAAUGAUAGCAGCUGCAUCGCGGAGGCCGUACUAUUUGCGCCUCCGACAGAGGGGUGUUUGAUGGUAGCGGAUUAAGGGAUGGGGCUGCGUCAUCGGUGCGAUCUUCCAGUCUCCAUGUUGUUUGGGUUGGAGCUGAUCAAUGCAAUAUGUGACUCUUAUUAGUUAGGUGUGUAAUGAUAGCGUGAUGUGAGUGGCCGUGCAGUGUGUCUUGCCAUAUUACUUUAGUCAGCCACUUCUUAGACCCUUCAAAAAGCCAUUGAGAAUAUUAUGCAAAGCAGCAACGUGUUCCCCAUUUUCUGUUGUUUCAUCUUACCCCACGUGCAGAUGUUGUCACCACUCAGAGCUCACUCUUUAAAAAGCCUCUCUAACCUGCAACAGUUGUAAAAACUAAAUCAAGUCAUUUUAACAGUCACACUAUGCCGGAAAUAAGUCUCUGAUUUUUUCAUUUUUUAUUUCUGAUGCCCAGAAUCGGACGUGCACGUUAUCAACGUUAUGAGAAUGUGUUGAAAGUGCCUGUUAGACGGGCACACGUGUUUUUCUUAUCAUCAUUUCGGAAGAAUUUUGUUUUUUUCUGAAGAAUUUAGAUCGCAAAGAGCGAUAGAACACACACACACACACACAGGGGACAAAGAAUUACUGCAAUCAGAGGCUCACAUUAACUCUCAGGAACAAACAAUAUGGAUCCCUUCUUUCUCCACUCAGCUCAAUCAUUUAAUCAGUUUAGUCCCACUGUGGCAACACACAAGACACCGCCGCUGACCAUAAAGUAAAGGUGUGUGUGUGUGUGUGUGUGUGUGUGGCGGCAUAUCAGAGCUAAACACAAUCAGAUGGCAGACGUGCCCACUCAUGAAAAAUGGCAGCGCGUUGGAUUCCGCGUGAACUAUUGAUGAGGUGCACAUGGUGCGCUGGGAUCUGGAGUCCUGUUCACCGAAGUCAACCAGCCGUGAGUGAUGAGCUCAACUGGCACUGUUGCACAUCUUAAAAUGAUAAAACUGCCGCCACGUCAACUGCAAACAAUUAAUCAUUAAGUGGAUUCACACAUUCGAGGGAGGGUUUAAUAUUUAACAUUCUCACUGAGGAGAAGAACUCGCUCUCAUGUGUUUGUUUUUUUUCCUUUUAGUUUUUUUUGUUCAUCUUCCAGACUGGUGAAAUUAAGAUGGACUGCUAUGUGUGUGUGUGUGUGUGUGUGCGUGUGCGUGUGUGUGGAAUAAAAGGAUUGUCAUUUUAUACAGGAACAUUUUGAUCAGCAGAGUCUAGGCCUUGUCAGAUGUGGUUAUCUCUUUGUGUGCCAAUAGGAUUCAGCGUAUCCCAACAUUCCUUCCAUCUUUUCUUUCCCUAUUUUACAUCAUCCACAGAUCAUCAAAUAAUCCCCCCCCCCCCCACAUCCUCCCCGACAAAACCCCCUUUUAUUAGCAACUUUUCUUUCUUCAGUUGUCUGUUUUAAAUAAAUAUACACACUUCUGUCCUUUCUUUUUGUCUUAUAACAAACUCGCUGCGGUCUUGGUCACUUUUGAAAAGUCCCUCUUCAUACGUGGAAGCGAGAUGUUUCAGAGAGUACUGUACAUGUGUAGUGAAGUGGGAGGGGGGGGGGGGCGGAAUACAGCGCCAACAAAUGCAAUUGUUAGUUCCUCUUUGAAAAGCAUUGAGAUGUAUUUAAUGGUGCAGACAUACACAACUAAUUACUAAAAAUGAUGAUGCAUUCUUGUAGAAAUAUUUUUAAAAAGACCCUUUUUGCAAUUAAAUUAUUUAAGAAAUGUGA